CCUGACUCCCUCUCUAUGUGGUGCGAAGACAGCCUGCAAGCAUCAGCUAUUUAUUAAAACGGCCAUACGUAAACGUUCAUUCUUCCGUCGCUAGGAGUUGUGUGGUCGUGAAAGACGUGUUAUUUGCUACUUUUAAAAAGUGCGUUUGUAAGAUGCCACGAUCUUUCUUGGUGAAAAAACACCUCAGUCACAAGAAGCCAAACUAUGGCAUAUUGGAUUCAAAGAAACACGUGGUUAUCAAAGGAAUCUCAGAGAUUGACAGAGGCCUUGUCGGUAAUAUACUUUACAGAUGACCAAACACAAGUGACCAAUGUGCAGUCUUACUGGUCCAGACCUGGCCACCAGUGUCCAGAGGAGUGCCUGCUGCAGCCUUACCCAUGCCCCAUGAGCCCCACCACGUGCUCCACCUCACACACGAGUCCUGCCGAUCCAGUGAUCCACCCCCAGCCUUCUCCAGACCCUAGCCUGCCAUCUGAUGGCCCAGCUCCAGGCAACACCUACCCACUCCCACCAAGUCGCUGCCUCAUCAGAGACCCACAGCCUGCUCUUACCCUGCUGGAGACGGCCGGAACACAGCGUUCGGAACACGGGCACAACAGAAGACAUGUGGCCAACAGCGGGCUGUCCAGGGUCGCUGAGUCCCUGGUAGGGCUCGCCCCUGCCAACAACAGCAGCCAGGGGCGCUUUGAGUGUUUUGACUGCCACAAAGCCUACUUCACCUUCUCAGGCCUGGCCAAACACAGACAGCUCCAGUGCGAGUGGCAUUGUCAAAAAUACUUCAGCUGCAAGUACUGCGAGAAGGAGUAUGUAAGCCUGGGGGCUCUGAAGAUGCACAUCCGCACACAUACGCUGCCCUGUGUAUGUAAGCUGUGUGGAAAAGCCUUCUCAAGGCCAUGGCUUCUUCAGGGACACAUACGCACACACACAGGUGAGAAGCCGUUCUCUUGCCCUCACUGCAGCCGGGCAUUCGCAGACCGCUCCAACUUAAGGGCCCACCUGCAGACGCACUCUGACGUUAAAAAGUACCAGUGCAGGAGCUGCUCGAAAACAUUCUCCAGGAUCUCCCUCCUGUCCAAGCACGAGGAAGCUGGCUGCUGCCCGAUGGCCUGAGGGGCCGACGGGGUUUGCCGCAGCACCCAUGUGCCCUCACCGGCCCGAUAUUUACUCGCAGGAGCUGAGUGGCGAGGAGAACUGGUAGAACCUGAGGCUGACAGGCUGACACACACUGAGCCGGUGCCUGCCAAGUUGCACUGAAUAUUUGUGCAGACUGUCUGAGGAUGAACUGGGAGUAUUGCAUGCUGCAAGAUGUACUUGAACUUUGAUUUUUUUUUUUUUCAUGAAUGUAUAUAAUAAGCUAAUUGCAUUUGUACUGAAUCUUCAAAAUAAGAUUUUGUAUGAGUGAUUUUUUUUUUUUUUAAGGGAAGAAUUAAAAAUAGUUUUGUACAUUGA